AUGCUCGGCGUCGAGAACUACGGCUCCGACGCAUCCGAGGACGAGCGCGAUGAAGACGACGCACCGCGGGUAACGCGCGCGCGCGCCGUCUCCGCCGCGCCGCGCGUCGAUAGCGCCGCGUUGGCGCUCGAGCGAGACGACGACGGCGACGAGCGCUUGGUUCCUCUGGCGUCCACGCGCGAAGCGAUCGACCCGACGGAACGCAACAUGACGCGAAACCUGACGUACGACGAGAUGACGGCGCCGAUCGAGGGACCGCUGCAUGAAUAUCGCGAGGAUCGUUUGACCGGUCGCGGGGCGCGGAAUCACGCGCUGGGACAAGUGGACGUGACGUCGGUGAGCGCGUACUCGUUCGAGGAGCAGUACAACACGUACAACUCGCGAGGGUACGCGCGCGCGGUGAACGGGAAGGGCGCGGUGGGCGACGUCGAGGCGUACGAGGCAAACAAGGGGGAAACGGCUUUCACCGUGAGCGCGUCGAAGAAGCGGAGAAUUCGGGACGAGGUGUUGGCGAGCGCGGCGACUCCGAGCGCGGGCGGAGACGUGGACCGCUCGGCGUGGGCGCCGGCGCGCGCGGCGCAGAAAGUCAUCGUGCACGACGAUCUGUCGGAGAAGGAGAAGGAGUACUUGAAGUGGCACAUGGAAAAUCGUGAGGCCAAGCUUCGGGCAAAGGGUAAGCUCGAAGAUCUCGGGACGAAGCCCGGGGAGACGUUGGGGGCCACGGAUGACUCGAAGACAUCCACGUUCCACGGCAAGGAAGAAGUCAAUUACGCCGGACAAUCGUGGAUCACGGCGCCGAAGAGCGAGAAACGCGACGGUGAUGGCACGUGCUACGCCCCGAACAAGUGCGUGCACACGUUCAACGGGCACACCAAGGGCGUGGCGAAGAUUGAGUUUUUCCCUCACACGGGGCACUUACUCUUGUCGGCUGGCAUGGACAACGUGGUGAAAAUUUGGGACGUAUACAACACGAGAAAGUGCAUGCGCACGUACAUGGGACACGAUAAGGCCGUAAAGGACGUGUGCUUCAAUCAGGACGGCACACGCUUCGUGUCAACGUCGUGGGACAAAAAAGUUCGAUUGUGGGAUACCGAGACGGGAAAAGUCAUUCAGACGGUUUCGAGCGGGAAAAUUGGAUACUGCGCGAAGAUUCAUCCCAAGCAAGAGAAUUUGGUGCUCAUCGGUCAGAGUGAUAAAAAGAUCGUGCAGUGGGACAUGAACAACGGAGACUUGGUUCAAGAGUACGAUCAGCACCUAGGACCGGUGAACUCCAUCACAUUCGCCGACGGCGGCGAAAGAUUCAUGUCGUCGUCCGACGACAAGUCGCUACGAGUUUGGGAGUUCGGCAUCCCUGUGACGACCAAGUACAUCGCUGAUCCGUCCAUGCACUCCACCCCGGCGACGGCGAUAUCGAACAGCGGCAAGUACAUCAUCGGCCAGUCUCUCGACAACCAAAUCGUCACGUACAGCGUGGAUGAGCGUUUCCGCAGGAACAACAAAAAACGAUUCGGCGGUCAUCACAACGCCGGGUACGCGUGCCAGCCCGCUUUCUCCACCGAUGACGGCACCGUCGUGAGCGGCGAUGGCAACGGUAAGCUCUUCUUCUGGGAUUGGAAGACGAGUAAAAUCAUUAAAACCAUCAAAGCGCACGACCAGGUCGCCAUCGGCGUCGCGUGGCAUCCGCUCAAGAGUUCGCUCGUCGCGUCGUGUAGCUGGGAUAAAACUAUCAAGCUCUGGAAGUGA